AUGUCACCGAAAAGGCAACCAUCAAGUUUACAUAAAAUUUGUGUUAGUUUAUUGUCCAAGCAACUGAUACAAGCUUUAAGCGACGAAGAUGGACAAUUCAUUGAAGAUUUAAUGAUUUACAUGUCGUCAGCAACUUAUGAUACGUUACAAGUUUUGCUCAAUGAGAUUUUAGGACACAUCAAUUUGGAUGCUAGUACAAGGUUUAGUUGCUUGCAAGUGCUACUAAGAGAAGAUGUUAAGAAUUUGGAAGUUGGGAUUUUUCCUAGGUUUUAUUGGGACAAAAUAUUAGAGACAAUCCACGUAAAAGGCAAAGGCCUGCAAUAUCUAAACAUGAAAGGAGUAUGGGUGAGGGAUUAUCCACAAUUAUUAAGCAGCCUAAUUGAGAAUUUGAAAAAUUUAAAAAGCUUAAUAAUUCCUCAUAUGCCAGACGAUUCUGUGAUACUGUCUGUGAUUAAGCUUAAAAAUCUAAUGAAGCUUGAUAUUAGUGGAGAAGCUUGUUAUACUAGCCAAGGCAUAAAGCUACUUAAAAGUGAAUCAAUUCGUAUUUUAGACAUUGGCAGCUUUGGAAAGUCAGCAUUAUGUAAUGAUUCCAGUAACGAUUGGCAAUUAAUGGCUGAAAUAAUUGAAAACCUACCCAAUUUGCAUAUUCUUAAAACCUAUUCUUUUACUGGACAAGCAUUGUUGUAUUUGUACAAUAAAGAUUCUAAUUUCAAAACAAAAUUAACUUACUUGCAUACAACUGAUUGUAACAAGGAAGUUUUUGAAGCAAUUGUCCAAACUUGUCCAUUUUUGGAAAACUUACACUUAAACUCACCUCAGGAAAAUGUUGUUGUUAACUUGAGUGCUUUAAAAAAAUUGCAUUCGCUUAAACUUACUAAAGGAGACAAUAUUGAGCUUAAAACUUAUCUACAAACAUCUGGCCACCAAUUGCAAGCCUUAAAACUAAACCACAGCAAACAUUCUAGCAUAGAUUUAUCAGAAUUAUGCGAAUAUUGUCCAUAUAUAACAACAUUAGAAUGUUAUCAAAUGUACUUGAAAUAUACCAAUUUAAAUGUAUUUUUUAUGAACUUGCAAAAAGUUCAAAUAUUGUACUGUGAUAUAACUGACAAUGUGAUAAAAAGUUUAUUAAUUAAUGCUCCCUUUUUGCAAAGCAUUAGUGUUGGGUGCAAUUUACAAUUAACUGAUGGAGAUAUGUUCAGAUUAUUAGCUGAAUGCACUUUGGAAAACUUAGAAGAACUAUUAUUAAGUGACGCAAGAUUUUUAACAGCAAUCACCGUUGAACUAUUAGCAGAAAAUUGUCCCAAAUUGAAACUACUAGGCUCAUUAAUCAGCUGGGAUAUUACACAAGACGAGGUUGAAGCUUUAAGGAUAAUAAUAGCUAUAUCAAACACCGAUUUAACUUUAUGGCCAAUUUAA